AUGAAUAGAAACAAGGAUAAAGACAAGAAUACAGAGAAUACAGAUGCUGCUCCUGUUCACAAUGUCAUAGAGCAAGUAUUUUGCAUCAAGAAAAAGGCCUAUGAAUCUUGUCAUGACAAAACCUCAGAAGAUGAAAGUGAUGUUGAAAAUGACAGACAGAAUGAUGAUCUCUGCUGCAGCUAUAGAAGAUACAAAGAUUUCAGUGAAAGAAGUGAAUAUGCUGUUAAAUAA